AUGAGCUCUCAACAAAGCCCAGCCGCUCUACAAUCGUCUGUCGAUCGCGAGAAGGUUUAUACAUGGAUAAUCGAGCUGUCAAAUCCGGAUACCCGGGAAAAUGCUUUAUUGGAAUUGAGUAAGAAACGCGAAACGGUUCCCGAUCUGGCACCGAUGUUAUGGCAUUCAUUUGGCACUACAGCUUCUUUGUUGCAAGAGAUUAUCAACAUUUAUCCUGCAAUCAAUCCUGCAACUCUAACUGCUUAUCAAAGCAACCGAGUAUGCAAUGCCUUGGCGCUUUUGCAAUGCGUGGCCAGUCAUCCGGAAACAAGAUCUGCUUUUCUUCAGGCUCAUGUUCCUUUAUUUCUAUAUCCCUUUCUGCAUACUGUAAGCAAAACACGGCCAUUUGAAUACUUGAGACUGACAAGUCUCGGAGUGAUUGGCGCACUUGUCAAAACAGAUGAACAGGAGGUGAUUACUUUUCUGCUCACGACGGAAAUUAUCCCACUGUGUUUGCGAAUUAUGGAAAGUGGUUCUGAAUUGAGUAAAACCGUAGCAACAUUUAUACUGCAGAAAAUUUUAUUGGAUGACAGCGGCUUGUCUUAUAUCUGUCAAACAUAUGAUAGAUUCAGUCAUGUUGCUAUGAUUUUGGGAAAAAUGGUUCUAUCUCUAGCAAAAGAUCCUUCCGCAAGAUUACUUAAACAUGUUGUAAGGUGUUAUCUAAGGCUUUCUGAUAAUGCAAGAGCAUUGUUGGCCUUAAGACAAUGCUUACCAGAUCAGUUAAGAGACAAUACAUUUGCAACGUGCUUGCAAGAGGAUCAAUCAACAAAGCAUUGGUUGAGUCUACUUCUUAAAAAUUUAGAAACUGGCCCACAACCGGGUCCGCCAACCCAGCCGGGACAAGAUCCUCGGACAAUUGGCAUGUCGCCUCUCACUUCCUGAACUUUUCAAAUUUCUGAUUUUUAUAAGGUAUGUUGCAUAUAAGAACGAACAUCGAAGUAUCUUUCUGUGAAUUGUUCUAUAUUUUUUCAUAAUAAUUAAUGGCUAUGCCAUCUACAUAUUUCAUAAAUCGUGCUGUGAGAAUUAGUAAUAAGCAUAUCGUCACUUUGGAACUCAAAUACAUGAUAAUUGUAAAUAUUGUAUAGAUAUUUGUGCGGCAAGAUCUAGCACAGUUACAAUUUUAAUAUAAUUUGAAUUCAACAAAUGUCUAUUUUUUUCUUGAAGUUUAGGGCCAUUAACUGAUAGUGUUGACAACAAGUUUAUACAAAUCAAAAAUGUUUUGCGCAAAAAUAAGAUAUUACGUAUGAUAUAAGAAAUUUAAUGACAAACACAUGUGCUAAGAUAUGUUAUAGAUAUAAUGUAAGAUGUAUUACUAACUACUAUAAGCUGUAUUUUAAUGCAGAGCUGUCUACAUUUUGGGACGAUUUCCAUAAAUCAAUGUCUAUUGCCUCCCAUUUACGUCUUGAGAUCUUAGCAACGAAUUGCUUGACAAUUAUAAACAAAACACGCAGCAUUCUGUCUCAGGUACAGUGCAUCUUUAACGCGAUGUAUUUCAUAUCUCCUGAUUGCCAAAUGUCAAUGUUUAAAAACGCGACCUCCUUAAAAUUCAUUUAAAUAAUUUAUUCAAUAACCAAUUCAAUUUCCCGAUAUAAAAAGAUUUUUAAAGAGGUUGCAUUUUUAAAACAUUAUUAACAUUUGGCAAUCGGAAGAUGCGGAACGGCAUCGCCUAUUACAGAUACGUCAUACCUGAGUUAAACGCGCGUCUUAUUUACAGUUGUUAGACAAUUCGUUGUUAAGAAUCUCAAGAUGUAAGUGAUAGGCGUUGACUUUAGGGAAAUCGGUCGAAAUGUGCAAAACGUGGACAGCUUUGUUUUAAUAUAUAAGAAUUAUAUAUAGAAAUAACAAAAUGUGUGAUUAUUUAUGUUUAACUGCCACAUAUAUUCUGAUAUAUUUAACGAUAGAAGCAUUUUAUAAUAAAAUUUAAGAAUUAU